AUGUCUUUUACCAAGACAUAUUUCCUGUGUCCGACGUCCGAUUUCAUACAACCACCACCAACGGGCCCGCUAUGCCUUGGGUCUAUAAUCCGCUCCACAUCAGCACCGCAAUACCCUCUAAACAAAGCCACCGUUGUUGCCGUGGCUGAUUCAUUCCCAGCUGUUGUGGAGACUCACUGGAAGAAAACUAUUUCGACCGAGAAAGGACACGGUCUAGGUACCUUUGCACAGUUCCUGCAGCUGGCUACUUUUGGACUGCCUCUUGGUCCCGAGGUGAACGUUGAGCGUUUGAACACGACGGCAAAUACGUUCGCGUUCGACACAAUGACGACGCUGGCGUUUGAGCCGACCCAGGAAUACAUAGAAGAGGCUGUUAGAGUACCGGUCGUGGAGACAUGGCUGAGAGAGCCCAGGCAGAAGUUCGCGCUCGGCGCCAAAAUCAAAUACUCGAGUUCACAGAGCACGACGGUCAAUGGGAACCUCGGCGUUGACGUGCCUACGCAAGGUAUGACCUUUGGCCCCAAAGGCCACUGGACUCGCACGGAUGAUGAUGCGACAGAGUCCAGUCGCGAGUCGGAAUUUGUGUUUGCCUUCCGCGUGAAGAGGCUCAAGUUUGGGCGGAGACUGAAGCUUGAAGAGUACACUAAAGGCGCCUUCAUGACCGUUGGCGGGAAGAAAGAUGAUGACGAAUGUUUUUUGGUUGAGGAUGUGGAUAGAGCUGCUAUGCAGACUGCUAAGGCUGUUUCUGAUGUGACCGAGAACGGCAACGUCUAUUGCGUUCCCGCUUAA